AUAUCAAGCAUGUCUCACUUUAAUCCUUUUUAGCACUAGUUUUUACCAAACCCAAUCUCUUCCCUUGUUUUGGUUCAGCCCUCCAUACCGAGAAAUACUACAUGAAUAUCCCUAAAUGCUAUUUGGUUUUGAAUCUUGGCCUUUCUUUUUAGCUUUUCUCGCCCAUAAUUCUCAGUAAGCAUAAAGUUUUCUUUUUGGGACUUUCCCUGCUUUUCUCCUCACGCAAACUUUCCCUUUCCUUGCUUUUCUCGCAUACCAUACAAGCCCAGAAAAUCAUCCGCCAUCAUCAACAUAUUCAUCUUUAGGCGUUCUUGUUUUUUGGGGGGGGGGGAUAAUGCAAUCAUUUACGUUCAUUCUCGUAUUCCUCAUUUGUUCCCUCUCAAUAUCAACCGUUUCCCUGGCUGGUCUGCUCUCCCAACCAGUCCACGGCGAGUACACAAUUCCCGCAGCGCCGACUCAGAACCCGAGCCAAAAUUGCCGGCUCGACCUCUCUAAAGAGUUAUUCGGCGGCGUCCACCACGCUUGCGGCAAGGACCUCGACCGCAGCCGGUGCUGUCCGGUGUUGGCGGCCUGGCUCUUCGCGGCUCACGCUCGGUCGGCUCUGGAGGUUUCCGCUCCGGCCCCCGCAACUGGUGGUGAUCUUCCGAUGAUGCCGGACGACUCACAGAAGUGUGUGAACUCGCUCCAUGACGCGCUUCAGAGUCACAAUAUUCGAAUUCCUGCGCCCAACGCCAGCUGUGACGCCAUAAUGUGCUUCUGUGGAAUCAGGCUUCACCAGAUCGCCUCCUUAACCUGCCCUGCCGCGUUCAACGUCUCCGCUUCCCACAGUGUUACUCCAACUUCUGCGGUAACAAAUUUGGAGAAGAAUUGUCGCAAUUCUUCCUACGCUGGCUGCACCAAAUGCCUCGCUGCUCUCCAGAAGGUGAAAGGAUACAAGGAGAGUGAGAAGGGAAGAAACAAGAUGUUGAACAGGGACUGCCAGCUGAUGGGGCUGACAUGGCUGCUGGCGAGGAACAAAACGGCGUACAUUCCGACCGUUUCGGCGGUGUUGCGAGCCAUCAUGUACAGCGCCCACCCGCAGCAAUCCAAGUGUAGCCCUGAUCAGGACAACAUGCCCUUGGCCGUUGAUUCCCUUCAGUUCGACAAGGCCCACGCCUCAUCUUCGCCCUUUACCUUUUGGAUUAUCCCUCUACCUCUUCUCAUCCUCAUCAAUCUCAUUUCUGCUCUUCCAUAGGCUUUGACUUUUUGGCCUUCACUGUAAAUAUCAACCCAUUUGUCUGUUUCAGUUUUUCUCCCCUCCUUCUCCACUUUAUGCGUGCGUGUAUUGGCCUAUUAUCAUCAAGGAUCAGCCCCCGCUAACCGUGUUAUUCAUUGAUCGUUACAAACUUUUUUUCCUUCAAAA